UCGGGACUGCCAUUACGGAAUUCACAAUGGCGGUUUCGCAGUGUCGCGGGUGUCCCGCAGGUUCGUGAGAGAGGCAAAUGACUGCAAAUGGCUGCAAAUGGCCGUCGGAACGGGGCAAGGGAACGGAUUACGUAGGUGCAGGUCGCCCUCGGAUAGUUCUCGUGUCGUUUGCGGGGCAACUGGCGCGGUGCGUCAUGUGAUUUCGUCCCGGCAGGCUCGCAGGUCGCGCGAUGUGAGGACGGCGUUCGGCCUCUUGGUCGUUCUCGGCGGCAAUGAGUGUCGAGCGGAGCGGCACGGUGAUGAAAUCGGUGUCGGAGGGCGAGUUGGGCGUGGAAGAGGUUAAGGGGAUCGCGGAGCCUCGAAUUUCGGAGUCCUCGAGACUCAAGCGGACGUUCACGUUGCCGAGAAAUCCGUUCCAGAGUGCGGCGAGGCUGUCGAGACGACGAGGCAAGUAUCGAGAUUCCAAGGAGGCCGUGAGUACACGUGACAAUCCUAGGAACAACAUGCUGCAGCAGCAGCCACAGCAGCAUCGGCACCAGCUCGAGCAGAGCCCGCGGGUGACGCCGACUGUCCGAGUGCAGGAACACACCUACAUGGAGCAUCCCGGGAACAAGAAGGUUUUCCGCAGGCCCUCGUGGAAGAAGUUCAUCGACAAGAUGGUACGCCACAUGUCCAAUGUCGGAGCUCAGGCUCGCAAGCCCUCUCGCAGGGACGAUUUGGUGUCCAGUGCCACUGACAUCAGAGUUCCGCCGCCUAGACCCCCUCAUGUCCCACCGGACCGAGUGCCUGGAGUGAUUGGACUAAGGAACCACGGUAACACGUGUUUCAUGAACGCCGUUUUGCAGUGCCUGUCCCAUACGGACAUUCUCGCGGAAUAUUUUGUGCUCGAUCAGUACAAGGUAGACCUCUCAAGGAGAAACAAGCUCAACUCGAAGAAGUACGGAACAAAGGGAGAGAUCACCGAGCAACUCGCCCUGUUGCUGAAGGCCAUCUGGAGCUGCCAAUACGACCCUGAGAUGAGCACAGCCUUCAAGAGCGUCGUCGACAAGUACGGUAGUCAGUAUCGAGGAAACUUGCAACACGACGCACAGGAGUUUCUGCUCUGGCUCCUCGACAAGGUGCACGAGGAUCUAAACCAGGCUACCAAGAAGAAGUACAAGAUCAUUAAGAACUCGUUCGGCAGACCAGACGACAUUGUCGCGGCGGAGACGCUGGCCAACCACGUGCGGUGCAACAACUCGUUCGUCCACGCCGUCUUCCAGGCGCAGUUCCGCUCGAGCCUGACAUGCCCGCGAUGCCACCGGCAGUCCAACACGUUCGACCCGUUCCUGUGCGUGUCAGUGCCGGUGCCGCAGACCCACCGGCAGGUCAGCCUCUUCGUCAACGUCCUCUACACGUCGCAGCAACCGCGGCAGGUCCGGAUCGGGGUGAGCGCGAGUCAGGCGGCCAACGUGAAGGAGCUCAGGGAGAUCCUAGCGAGCGACACUGGCAUCGAGGAGGGCCACAUGCUACUGACCGAGGUCCACGACGAGGGCUUCCACAGGACCUUCUCCGAUUGCCAGCCCCUGUCGGUCCUGACGGAGAACGACCCGCUCUACUGUAUCGAGCUGCCCCAGUUGAAGGAGCCGGCGGAGCAGGCCUACGUCCUUCUGGUGUGGAUCAACGUCGUGGCCAAGGGGGAGCUGCGCGAGCGCUUUGGCAGUCCGUACACGAUGCAGGUCCCCCGGGAGACCUCCUACGAGGACCUGCAGAAGCUGCUGCUCAAGGAGAUGCACGCCAGCCUUCGCGACGACGUGCUGACCUCCGGGCAGAGCCCGGGCCUCUUCACGAUCCGGGUGGCCGACCCGGCGGCGACGCCCGUCCAAGACGAGCACCCCUGCAUCGACCCCUGUGUCGAGCACCCGCUCUACACGGAGCAGAUCGAGCAGGCCCUAGCCCUCUGCGCCGACGACUCGGGGCCGCCGCACGUCAAGCUCGUCCUCGAGUGGGACGAGGCGACGAAGCGCGACGUCAUCCAGGACGACUCGGAUCGUAUCGAGGAGCACGCCAGCGUCAAGCAGCUCAAGAGCACCGCCGAACUCGGCGGGGCCGUCACCCUCGAGGAGUGCUUCGACCUCUACACCCGCGCCGAGGUCCUCGGGGCCGAGGACGCCUGGCACUGUCCCUACUGCAACCGCAAGCAGGAGGUCGUCAAGAAGCUGGGCCUCUGGUCGUUGCCCGAUAUCCUGGUGAUCCACCUAAAGCGCUUCCGGCAGCAGUCGAAGCAGCGCUCAACCUCCAAGUUGACCGUCCUCGUCGACUUCCCGCUCUACGGGUUCGACAUGACGCCGCACCUGGCGCAGGGCCACGGGGUGCAGGCCCACGGGAUCCCCGCGCCCGGCUGGUCGCCCUGGAAAAAGCCGAGGGCGCAGCGCCGGCCCAGCGUGCCCAAGUACGACGAGAACGUCUACGACCUGUACGCCGUCUGCAACCACCACGGGCAGGACCUGCAGGGCGGCCACUACACGGCCUUCUGCCGCAACCCCUACGACGCCCACUGGUACCGCUUCGACGACACCAGGGUGGAGGCCGUGACCGACACGGGCCUCGUCACGAGUGCCGCCUACAUGCUCUUCUACCAGCGGCGCGGCCUCGCCGGCCCGCACUCCGGCUCCUCCGCGGCCAGCUCCUCGGCCGCCUCCACCAGCUCCGCGGGUUCCGCCGGUCCCGACCACUGGGUCUCCCGCAUGCCGCCCUUCCGCUUCGAGCGGGCCAACAACCGACGCACCGAGUCCCAGGAGGUCCUAGAACGGGACCGCGUCGUCGAGGAGAAGAACCUGGCCAACUUUGCCCGCGGCUGCCGCGACUACGCGACGCUGCAGCCCGGUCGGCGCACCGCUCCCGUCGAGACAGAGCACUGCUCCGACGACGAGGCUCCCUCCUCCGAGCCCGACGUCACCCUGACCCCGCGCGAGGACGAGGCCGUCGUCCACGAGUCGACGCUGUAGCGCUCGCCCGGCUCUCGAACGAGACCUCGGCGUCGCGUGGAAGCUCGAAGGUGACGAGGGUUUCGCGGUCGGGAUGGGCGUCUCCGCCGGGUCAGGUGGCACAAAAAUCCCGACAAUAAG